ACAUGGGUCGCAUUCAGGAAGUGGGCUGGGUGACUACAGGAUUGGUGAUAUGGGCUGGUACCUGCUACUGUAUUUACAGAUUAAUCAAGGGAAGAGCCCAGAGUGUGAGGAGACUUGCCAGAAAUGGGUCCAAAGUCAAGAUGGAGACUGUGGUUGGGGUACAGAACCAGACUUUGGCCAUGAGUGAAAUCAUGGCUGAGAUAGAUAUUGAGACUAGAACCGAGUCUGAGACUGGAGCAGAAACUCCAGUGGAAGGUGGGGCUGGGGCUAAAAUAGAGAAUGAAGUUAUUGCAAAAGCCAGACUCAUAGCCAACACUGAGCUGAAGGCAAUGCCUGGAUCAGAGCUAGUGACCCACUCUGAGGUCAGAACGGUGCCUGAAACAGUGAUCAUAACAGAGCCAGUGACUCUGAGUGAGGUUAAUGCCAAAACCAGUGAAGUUGCCAUUAAAGAGGCAGUGACCCAAACUAAUUCUGAGGCUAGGAGAAUAGUCAGGAAAGAAGCAAUAACCCAGACCAAAGCUAAAGCUUGGGCACUUGUUGAUGAGGCAGAGAUCAAGAAAGAAACAAUGACCCAAACCAAAGAAGAAGCAUGCAUAUUGACAGAAAAAGAGGCAGAGAAUAAGAGAAAUGUUGUGACACAGAGUGAGGCACUGGUAGUAACCAGGGAAGUGGCUAAGAUAAGUGUUAUAAACAGGACUGGGGUUAUUGCUGAGACCAAGGCAAGAGCUCUGCAAGAGACCAUGGCCAAAAUUCCAUCUGAGGCCAGGCCUGGCACCACAAUAGGUUUUAAACAAAAUAUUAAUGCCAUGUCCACUAUACAAACUGGAGUAGGCAUGAUGACCUGUUCACAGUCUCAGUCUGUGUUCAAGACCCAGGUUGAUGAUUUGUCUGUUGUUGGAUUUGAGGCCAGGAAGAACCAAAAAAAUAUUUCUAGUGCAGGGUAUGGGGCAGACAUGAGGGCUUUUGCCCAAUCUCAGGUUGUAACCAUUGCCCAAGCUGAGGCCAUACCUGGGGCAAGGGUUGAGGCCAGGGUUAGUACUAAUGCUGUAUGUGGAUCAGAGACAGUAACAAAUGUGAGAGCUUCUCUGCAACCUCAGACUGUAAUUAAGCAGGUUGAGGUGAUGUAUGGUGCUAAGGCUGAUGAUUGGGGAAAUACAAAUAUUAUAUCUAGACUAAUGACUGGAGCUGAUAUGAGGUCUGCUAUUCAGCCUCAGGUUUUGGUCACUUCUCAGCCUGAGGCUGUGCCCGAUGUCAGGGGUAAGGGUAGAGGAAAUUCCAAUGCUGUGUCUAAAACAGGGAUGAGGGAAAAUCUGAGAGUGAAUUCCCAGGCUGAGGCCUUGCCUGAUGCCUGGAUUCAGACCAAAGUUAACUCCAUUGCUAUGCUGGUGGCGGGAACUGAGCCAGAGACAUUGCCUUAUACAUACCCUCAGACUAUUGCCAGUAUCCAAGCUGAUGCUUUGCCUGAUGACAAAGUUAAGGCUAAAGGCAAUGGUGAUACUAUGUCUAAGGAAGAAGCUGAGGCAGAUGUGAAGGCACAGUCUCAGGCUUCUACCCAAAGCCAGGUUGUGACCUUACCUAAAAGAGGUAAGGCUAGGGGCAAAGGCAGAGGCAAAGGCAAAGGCAAAUGUAAGAUAGAGAUGGGAGCAGACAUGAUAAACUGUGCACAGCUUCAGGAUGGGGCCAAGACCCAAUCUGAUUCCUUGCCUGAUUUCAAGGUUGAUAGCAAAGGUGAUCCUAAUGCCAUUUCUAAGGCAGUGGCUAAGACAGAACUGAAUACCUGUGGUCAGUCUCAGGCUGUGGCCCCUUCUCAGGGUGAAACUUUGUCAGGUGCCAAGAAUAAGGAUGGGGGGGAUUCCAAAGCCAUAUUUAAGGUAGAGGCCUGGGAAGAUGAAGCAGGCUGUGGCCAGGCCCAAACUCUGUCUAAUAUCCAAGGUGAAAUCUUACCAGGUGCCAAGAAUAAGGUUGGGGGGAAUCCCAAUGCUAUGACCAAGGUAGAGGCCAGGACAGAUACAGUAGGCUCUAAUAAUCCCAGUGAAGCCUUGCCUAGUGCCAAAAAAAAAAUUAGGGGCAAUUCCGGUGUUGUGUUUAAAUCAGGAGCUGAGCCAGAUACAGUGGCUUCCCAGAGUAAGAUUUUGCUGGAUGCAAAGAAUCAGGUCAUGGACAAUCCCAAUGCUAUGUCCAAAGUAGAGGCCAGGGCAGAUGACGCAGGCUGUGCCCAGCCCCAAGCUGUAUUUAAUACCCAAGGUGAGACCUUGCCUGGUACUAAGAGUAAGGUCAAGGACAACCCCAAUGCUAUGUCCAAGGUAGAGGCCAGGGCAGUUGUGGCAGGUUGUGUUCAGCCCCAAGCUGUAUCUAAUACCCAGAGUGAGACCUUACUUGGUGUAAAGAGUAAAGUCAAAGGCAAUUCUAAUGCUAUAUCUAAGGUAAAGGCCAGGAAAGAUGUAGUAGGCUCUGCCCAAAUUCAAGCUGUGUGUAAUAGUCAAGGUGAAACCUUUCCAGCUGCUAAGAAUAAAGUCAAAGGUAAUUCCAAUGCUGUCUCUAAGGCAGAGGUGAGGAAAGGUGCAGUAGGCUCUGUCCAACCCCAGACUGUGUCUAAUACUCAAGGUGAAACUUUUCCAGGUGCCAAGAACAAGAUCAAGGGGAAUCCCAAUGCUGUGUCUAAGGUAGAGGCCAAGGCAGAUACAGUAGGCUCUGUUCAGCCCCAAACCAUGUCUAAUGCUCAAGGGGAAGCCUUGCCAGGUGCCAAGAAUAAGGUUAGAGGCAAUCCAAAUUCUAUGUCAAAGACAGAGGCCAGAGCAGAUGUAGCAGGCUCUACCCAGCCCCAAAUCAUGUCUAAUAUCCAAGAUGAAGCUUUGUCGGGUGCCAAGAACAAGGUCAGGGGCAAUACCAGUGUUGCAUAUAAGGUAGAUGCCAAAUCAGAUACAGCAGUCUCUGUUCAGCCCCAAGCUGUGUGUAAUGCCCAAGGUGAGACCUUGUCAAGUACUAAGAAUAAGGUCAGACGCAACCCCAAUACUAUGCCUAAAGAAAGCAAGACAGAUGCAGCAGGUUCUGCCCAGCCCCAAACCGUGUCUAAUACCCCGGAUGAAGUCUUGUCAGGUGCCAAGAAUAAGGUCAAGGGCAAUUCCACUGCUGUAUCUAAGGCAGGGGCCAAGGCCAAUACAAUGGAUUCUGCCCAGGCUAUCGCCAAUUCCCAAAGUGAAGCCUUGUCUGGUGCCAAAAAUAAGAUCAGGGAUAAUCCCAAUGCAUCUAAAGCAGAGCCCAGGAAAGAUACAACAGGUUCUGCCCACCCCCAACCUUGUAGCAAGCGUAAAGUCAAGGGCAAUCCCAAUUCUCUAUCUAAAGCAGGGGCUGAGUCAGAUACACUGUGUUCUGCCCAGACUCAAAUAGAUAAAAAGGACUCCAUCUUACCCCAGACUGUGUCAAAUUCCCAGGGCGAAGCAUUACCUGCUGUCAGGAAUAAGGUGAGGGGCAACAGCAAUGUUGUACCUAAAUUGGAGGCCAGAACAGAUACAGUGGUAUCUUCUAAGAUCCAUACUGUGUCUGGUUCUCAAAGUGAAGGUGAAGCCUUGUCUGGUGCCAAGAAUAAAAUUAGGGGCAAUCCUAGUAUUGUGUCUAAGGCAGAGCCCAAGAAAGAUACAGCAGGUUCUGUCCAGCUCCUGACUAUUGCCAGUUCUCAGGCUGAAGCCUUGUCUGGUGCCAAGUGUAAGGUUAGGGGCAAUCCCAAUGCUGUAUCUAAGGCAGGGACCAGAGCCAAUACAGUGGAGUCUGUCCAAGCCGAGCUUGUGACCAAUACCCAAGGUGAGGCCUUACCUGGUACCAAGAAUAAAGUCAGAAGUAAUCUCAAUGCUGGAUCUAAAGCAGGGACUGGGCUAGAAGCAUUGUGUCCUGUCCAGCCCCAAGCAGAUAAAACAGACUCUGUUCAGCCCCAGGCUAUUGCCAGUUCCCAGAAUGAGGUCUUCUCCCAUAUCAACAAGAAGUUCAGGGGAAAUUCCAGUGCUAUGUCUAUGGUAGACAUGGGAAAGGAUACAAGGAACUCUGCCCAGUUCCAGACUGUGACCAGUUCCCAGAGUGAGACUUUUCUUGGUGCUAAUAAGUCUAGGGACAGUCCCAAUGCUGUAUCUAAGAUAAAGGCUACAACAAGCUCUGUACAACCCCAAGCUGUGUCUAAUACCCAAAGUGAAGCCUUGCUGUGGGCCAAGAAUAAAGUCAAGGGUAAUCCCAAUGGCACAUCUAAGGUGGAGGCCACGGUAGAUGCAGCAGGCUCUACCCAGUCUCAAACUGUAUCUAAUACCCAAGGUGAAGUCUUACCUGGUGCCAGAAGUAAGGUUACGAAUGAUCUCAAUGAUGUACCUAAGACAGGGACUGGUCCAGAAACAGUAGGUUAUGUCCGGUCUCAAAGUGUGAUCUGUUCUCUUGAUGAAGCCUUGCUUGGUGCCAGAAGUAAGAUCAGGAGCAAACCCAAUACUGAAUAUAAUCCAGAUAUAAUCAUGUCUGACCAUCCUCAAUCCACAGCCUAUUUUCAGAGUAACUCCUUGUUUGCAGCACAGGAUAAGGCUAUGCCUGAAUAUGAAGUAGAAGCUAUAGAAGAAAGUGAAAUAUACAAAAAGCCUGAGGUUAAGGCUUUAUCUACUUCUGAGAGUGACACCGAGAGUGAUAGUGACAUAGGUGAUCAGGCCUGUGGAGAGAUUCGGGCUACUAUUCAUGACUAUUACUGGAAUGAGAUUGGUGUUGAGGAUUGGAUUGCUUCUGAGCGAUGGAUCAAAUUUAGAUUUCAGGCCAGGGAUGGAUACUGGGAGAACAGCAUGUCUUGGGCUGAUGAUGAGAGUGAAGUCAAUAUUGCGUCCUGGGGUGAGACUUGUGAGGAGGCUAGCAUUAAGUCUUGGCCUGGGACAAGAACUGAGAGUGAUGUUGGUAUUGGUGCCUGGGCUGGAGCUGGGGACCAGGCCAGUGGAGGACUCUGGGCUGGAAAUCAGGCCAGUGAACAAUAUUGGGCUGGGGCCAAGGCCAGUGAGGAUUCCUGGGCUCAGGCUGAAAACCAAGCUAGUGGGGGAUCUUGGUCUGCCACUGGUAACCAGACUAUUGGGGAGCCCUGGGCUCUAGGUCAGAUCAAUGGAGGGCUUUGGGCUAGGAGUCAGGGCAAUGAGAUGUCUUGGAUUGGGGGAGAGGCCAGUGAAGCAUCCUGGUCUGGGAGUCAGGAACAGAUCAGUAGAAGCUGCCAUGAGGAGACUAGGAUUCAGGCUGGGAACAUGACUGGUAUUGGGUAUUGGGCUGGAGCUAGUGAAGAGUCUUUGGUUGAGACUAAUGAUCCUUCUGAUGAUGUAUCCAAAGCUAGGUUUGAUGAUCAAGCCAGUGAAAACGUGUCCUGGACUGGGGCUGGUAGCCAGGCUAGUGGAAGGUCUACCUUGGGACCUGAGGAUCAGACCACUGGUAGCUCUUGGCCUAAUACUGUGUACCAACCCAGUGGGCAAUCUGUGCUGAGAUCUGUGGGCCGGUCCGCUAGUGGAUCCUGGGCUGGGGCUGAGAAACAGCCUGACGGUGGGUCUUGGCCAGUAUUUGUAGAGCAGUCCAAUGUUGGGUCCUGGGCUGCUGCUCUGAACCAGGCCAAUGGAAGAUAUCUGGUUGUAGAUCAGGCCAAUAUGGGGUCCUGGGCUAUAACUGGUGAUCAAUAUGUUGGUGAAUCCAAAUCUGUAUCUCAAAGCCAGGCCAGUAAAGAAGGAUGUUUGGCUGGUGAUGGUAGACAGGCUAGUGGAAUACCCAUGUUGGGGUCUGAGGUUCAGUGCAGUGGAAAGUCCUGGACUAACUCUGGAGACCAACCCAGUGGAGGAUUUUUGGUCAGUGGAGGGUGUUGGGCUAUGUCAGGAGAUCAGCCUGGUAGUAUAAAAAAACCUAGAUUGGAGGACCCAGCCAGUGGGAGUGGAUGCUGGGCUGACAGCGGAGAUCAGACUGAUAUAAGAUCAAACCCGGAGUCCAGAGACCAAUCCACUGGAGAGUCUUGGGCUGACACUGGUGACCAGGCCAGUGAAGGAUCCAGGGCAAUGUCUGUAGAUAAUUCCAGUGAAUGGUUCAGUGCUUGUAGUGUGAAUCAAGUUAACACAAGUGGGGGAUGGUGUGGCAAUGGUGGCCAGGCAGUUGGAGAGUCUAAGCUUGUGGAGUCUAGUGGCGGAACCUGGCCUGACACUGGGAGUCAGGUCAGUGGAAGUCCCUGUGUUGAGACUGAGGAUCAGGAUGACAGUGGUCCACAACUUGUAUUUGAGAGUAAGGCCAAUAGCAAAGGGUUAUGGUCUGCUACUGAAGACCAAGCCUGUGGAGAAUCCAAGCCAGAGAUGAAUGACCAAUCCAGUGGAGAAAACUCCUGGGGUGUAUCUGGUUUCCAAGGUGUUGGAAGGUCUGGUUCAGGAUCUGCAGACCAGCCCGGUGAUGGGUCCUGGACUGCUGCUGGAAGUCAAGGAAGUAGAGAAUCCUGGACUGGGGCUGGAGAUCAGGCUGAUAGCUGUCCUAAACCUGGAUUUGAGGAGAAGAUCAGUGAAAGUAGCUCUUUGGCUGGCACUGAGAAUCAGGCUAGUGAAAAAUCCUGGACUGGAUCUAAAACUGGAAAUGAGACUGAUCAGGAGUCUGUGUUGAAGUCUAAAGACUCAGCAAGUGGAGGGUCCUGGACUAGGUCUGGGGACCAGACCAAUGGAAGAUGCCAGGUUAGUACUGUGAUAGAAGCCAACAAAGGAUCCUGGCAUGUGGCUGGGGAAGACACUAGUACAGAAUCUUGGUUCUGGAAAGGGGAAGUGACUGGUCUCAUGCCCAAGUCUGAAGAUAAAAAGGAGACCAAUAUUGAAUCAGAAUCUAGGGAAGAGGCCUUCAUUAGUUCUAGAUUUGGAGCUGAGGACAAGACCAGUUUGGGGUUCUGGAUUAGAUCUGAAGAGGCAGCCUAUAUGGAUCCCUGUGCAGGUUCUGUUUCUGAGGCUGGGGCUGAGGCUAGGGCUGGGGCUGAGGCUGAGGCUGGGACUGAGGCUGAGGCUGGGGCUGAAACUGGGCCUGGGGCUGAGGCUGGGGCUAAGGCUGGGGCUGAGGCUGGGGCUGAGGCUGGGGCUGGAGAUGGGGUUGGCGCUGGCGCUGGACCUGGGUCAGGGGAUGGUCCUUGGACUGGGGCUGGGGCUGGGGCUUGGUCUUGGCUCUGCAUUGGUUAUGGAAGCACUACUGCUUCUAGACUUGGAGCUGAGGAAGUGGGUGGCAAAGGGUCCUGGUCUUUGUCUGAGGAUGCAGAUGAUGAUGAGUUAAGUAGAGUGUCUAGUCCUGAUAUUGAGGAGAUUAGUUUAAGAUCUUUAUUUUGGGCUGACACAGGGAAUAGCAGUGAACUAAGAUCCAAGAGUGAGAAAGAUAUUACUUUUGAAUGUGGAGCUAGAGAUGAGACUAGCGCCAAGGAUAAACUUGAGGUUGCUGGUGGAUUUGCUACAAUAUCUUGCUACUGGAAUGGUGAAAAAAAAAGUGAGGACACAUCUGCAUCUAAGACUGAGUCAAACGGCACAUAUCCAUCUAUGGUCCCUGGGGCAGGGAUGGGGUCAUGGGAAAGAGCUAUGUUGAGCACAGAGAUGAGGUUAUCACACCAAAAUCAGUCCAACUACCAGCUUGAAAAUGAGGUCAGAAAGCAUAACAAGCUUGAGGAGUCAGCUCAGGCCAUGUCCUGCCGCUGUAAACAUGAAGCUAGUAUCGAUCCAAGAGAGCUUGAGAAACUCAUUUGCAUGAUUGAGAUGACAGAAGAUCCUUCUAUUCAUGAAAUAGCCAAUAAUGCACUAUAUAACAACCCUGACUGUCCAGUCCCCCAUGAAGCCAUUGAUAAUGCAGGUAGACUCUCCGUUAUCGAAAGCUUGCUUAAUAAUCCCCAUCCUAGUGUUAGGCUGAAAGCUUUAAAUUCACUUAAUAACAUCUCAGUGGCUGCAGAAAAUCACAGGCAGGUUGAAACAUACUUAAAUCAAGUAUGUGAGGAUACUGUCACUUAUCCUUUGAAUUCACAUGUGCAGCUGGCUGGACUAAGAUUGAUAAAACACUUGACUAUUGUUAGUGAAUAUCAGCACAUGGUUACAAAUUAUAUUUCGGAAUUUCUUCGUUUGUUGACUGUGGGGAGUGGAGAAAUUAAAGACCACAUUUUGGGAAUGCUUUUGAAUUUCUCUAAAAAUCCAUCUAUGACAAAAGACUUGCUCAUUGCCAGUGCUCCAACAACACUGAUCAAUAUAUUUAACAAGAAAGAGAAAAAAGAAAUUAUCCUGAAUGCUCUUUCACUGUUUGAAAAUAUAAAUUACCAUUUUAAAAGAAGAGCAAAAGUUUUUACUCAUGACAAAUUCAGUAAAAAUUCCCUUUAUUUCAUAUUUCAUCGACCUAAAGCAUGUGCCAGGAAACUUCGAGUCUUAGCAGCAGAAUACAAUGACCCUGAUGUGAAGGACAAAGUUGAGCUACUAUUAAGUAAAUUCUGAAUAGUUGUAUGUUUGCAAACAAAUCUGAGUAAUAUUAUGGUUUUGUAGCCUGAAAUUAAUGCGCAUUGUAAAUUGCACUAUAACCUCAGAACCAUUGUUUCUUAUAAUGGUCUAGAGCUGGACCAUUUCCUGAAAAUCAAAUGAAUUCAAACUUGUACUUAAAAUGCUUGUGUUGAUUUUUACCUUGUCUGGACUGAGAUAUUUUUAGUAUGCUUCCUGAGCAGAAACUGAACUGAUUCGCAAAGUAAGGUGAACUUUGGUCCUUUGUGUGGACUUAUGUUUAUACAUUUGAGAUUUUAUUUUUCUGUUAUCAAUAAAGUUGUGUGUUUUAAGCAGAAAAAAAGACAUGUCUUUGUCCUUGAGUUUAUGAUGUGUUUGGAAAGGCAAGAUAUAUGGGAGUGUGUGUGAAAGACACUUAAAAAUCAGGAGCCUCUUGCCAUAACCACUGCAUCUCAUCAGUACAGACAUUUGUUCAGAGGAGUUUC